UUCUCUCCCCUCACGCUUUUAUUUAUUUAUCCGCCCAUUGUUUAGCUCCUUUCCUCGCUUUGUGCUUGUGGUCUGCUCGUGCCGUCGUUGCCUCUCUCUCUCUCUCUCUCAAUUAUCUGCUUGCAAAAAACUAUACCAAAGAAUAGUUGCAAUGGGCAAGUGCUAUCCCACUGUUAGUGAGGAGUACCAGAAGGCUAUUGACAAAUUGAGGAGAAAGCUUAGAGGAUUCAUUGCUGAGAAGAACUGUGCUCCUCUCAUGCUUCGUCUUGCAUGGCACUCUGCUGGAACUUAUGAUGUCUCGACCAAGACUGGAGGUCCAUUCGGAACCAUGAGGCUCAAGGCUGAGCAAGCUCAUGGUGCCAAUAAUGGUCUUGACAUUGCAGUGAGGUUGUUGGAGCCAUUCAAGGAGCAAUUCCCUAUUGUCUCUUAUGCAGAUCUGUAUCAGCUUGCUGGUGUUGUCGCUGUUGAAGUCACUGGAGGACCUGAAGUUCCUUUCCAUCCUGGGAGAGAGGAUAAGACAGAGCCCCCAGUUGAAGGUCGUCUACCUGAUGCCACACAGGGAAAUGAUCACCUAAGAGAUGUGUUUGUCAAACACAUGGGGCUCUCUGAUAAGGAUAUCGUUGCUCUCUCUGGUGGCCAUACCUUGGGAAGGUGCCACAAGGAGCGCUCUGGAUUUGAAGGUGCUUGGACUACCAACCCGCUCAUCUUCGACAACUCUUACUUCAAAGAGCUUCUGAGUGGUGAGAAAGAAGGGCUUAUACAAUUGCCCACUGACAAGGCUCUUCUUGAAGAUCCUGUUUUCCGCCCACUAGUUGAAAAAUAUGCUGCGGAUGAAGAUGCCUUCUUCUCUGAUUAUGCAGAGGCUCAUUUGAAGCUUUCUGAACUUGGAUUUGCAGAAGCAUAAGCUGUUGAACAAGGAAGACGGAAGUGGCUGGGACAAUUAUGUUUUUGCAUAAAUUUUAGAAUUAUACUUGUUUUCAACCUUUUGUAUGCUCUGAACCUGGAUGCGAAAAUCAUUUUCCAGUAAAAUAAAUUUCUAUUCUGCUUUUGAACA